GCGGCUCGCUUCUACAUGUUUUUAUUUCAAAAAAAUUGAUUUUGGUAUCUAAACAAAAAGCAGUGCAUCGUCAAAGAAAUGAAGCAGCCGACUAUGAUUUCUAUAUAUAUAUAAAGGACAUAACACAUAUUUUAGAGAGUGUGCGCAGAUGAACAAGAAUAACCCACGACUAGUCCCCUACCGAGACAGGGCCGAGCUCGUGCAGCUUUUCAGAUGGUUUUACGAGGUCGACGGGGACGUGGAUAAUCGGACCAAGGCGAUUUCGCUCGCCAAAGCGUAUACUAUCCGCGGCCACGUUCCCUACGCAAUCGAAUGCACAGCGUUCCUAACCUCCUCCUCCCUCCUCUCGUCCUCGCCCACGCCACACAUCAACUCCUUCGCCAAACGACUCUCGCACGCGUCCGCGAUCAUCAGAUUCGUAAACGGUUUCCUCGACAGCCAGCAGACGGCGCAGUUCGCGAUGCCGCUCGUGGCGCUCGCGGCAAAAGUCGACAUGCCGACAUCGUUCGUCGAGCUGCGGCACGCGUGCACGCACGAAGCGUUGCCGGCGUUGCCGGAGUUGGAGAGGGCGGUGCGGGAGGCGCUGGAGUGGGUUAGGAUCCAUUAUUGGGAGCCUGAGUUGAGGAGGUUGGAGGAGGUCGAGAGUAUUGGGUCUGAGCGGAUCAGUGAGUGUUUACAGUCCUACGCAGAGCUGUACAGACCUGGUGGUAAUCGCAGCGACGACGGCGGCGGGGGAGAGUACGACGACGAAUACGACGGCGACAGCGAUAUCGACGCGGAAUUUGAAAUGAACAAGAGCACGUUUGCAAACCCACUCUAUCGACAAAAAGAUACCUUCGAAGCAGCGACCGCGUACUGGCAAACCAUCAACAGCCUUACCCGUCUCUGCGCCCUCGAUCCCGAACUUUUCGCUCGGGAGUGCGUCGGUUUUAUCAUGCGAUCUUGGCCGCUUGUGCAGGUUGGGCAGAAGACCGGUCGAGGAGGGCGGAAGAAUCGCAAAAGGGCAGGGGUGCGGAGUGUAUCUGCCUCUCUGCGCAGCAUCGACUUCUUCUCGCCGCUGCUGCAGCAACUUCCCGAGACCGUGACUACCGCGUUCAUCAAGCAUUGCCUUGAACUCGUCGUCUCUUCAUAUAAAAGCUCGAAGGAUGCAAAUCAAGUGUUUUACCCCUCGCUCGCACACUCAACAAAUCAAUCAGCAAACGCCGAAACCGAUCUCGCGACAAUCUCCUUCCAGCAAUUCUCCUCCACCUCCACCUCCUCAAAAGCAACAGAUCUCACCCACGCCACAAACUGGCUCCGCCACAUCCUCUCCUCCCACUCUUCCUCAAUAAUCCAACCGCUAACGCGCAAACGCAAGCUCUCCGCGUCGCAUACAUCAGACAAUAUCCCGGGCUUUUCGUUCUCGUUCACGGAGCUCGCGGGGAUAUGUGCGUCGCUGAGCGCGCCGACGCCGGUGUUGCUUGAGUUUUUGAAGCUCGCGAGGGCGAAUCAUUCGGGUCUGUCGGAGGAAGAUGAGGGGUUCUAUCGGAUGUAUUGUCAGCAGGUGGAGAUGCUUUAUCCGGAUAGCGCGGCCAAGACUACAGUAAGUGCUGUGGAGGUGAACAGCAAGAGCAACAGCGCAGAACCGAUUAUCAUAGACGAUGACGAUGCAUGGGAACAGCAAGUGGAGGACAUACAGACAGAAGUAGAACCAUGGAGUCUAUACCCCGGCGAGUGGACGCCGAAGCCACUAGGAGUUUUGUAAAAAGUUUUGUAAGAUACGAAUAGUAGAGAGCAGCCAGAAGUGUAUUAUAUACAAUGUAUCCAAUAGGAUCAAAGACCAAGAGAAAUAGAAAGUAAAUAGAAAAUGUCACACGAUACAGAUACACUCCCAAUUGUAAUAGCAAAGAAAGAAAGAAAAACCGUCUGUGCUUCUAAACCCCGCACGCAGCAAGAACGCUAG